CCCGGAGCCAGGGCCCCCGAGAGCGUCCCUCCCCGGAGGAGAUGGAAGCGAAUGCGAGCGACGAGGGCGUCCAUUUCCAGAGCUACCCCUUCGACUUCCUGGAGUUCCUGAACCACCAGCGCUUCGAGCCCAUGGAGGCCUACAAUCAGGAGCACGCCAAGGCCGUGGCCUCGCUGCCCUGCCCCCAGCCCCCCUACGAGUAUCCCCCGCCGCCCGCCGGCGCCCCCCACUUCGACCGCCCCGCCCCCGCCAAGCCCAAGGACUUCAAAGCCGAGGGCCCCGCCCCCUCCGCCUCCGGCGCCGCCCAGCCCAAGAAAGCCGAGCCCAGCGCCGGCCCCCCGCAGCAGUACAGCGCCGCCGCCGUGCCCGCCGCCCCGCCGCUCUUCGACGGGGCGGGGGCUUUCGGCGCCCCCCAGUGGGGCAUCGUGGACCUCUCGGGGCACCAGCACCUCUUCAGCAGCCUCAAGCGGGGGGUGGGCGCGGCCCCAGCCCCGGCGGCCCCCGCCGACGGCCCGGCCGGGAAAGACGACAAGAAUUAUUUCCGGCGGCUGAAGUACUUCAUCGACCGGCGCUUCCCCUGCGGCGUGUGCCAGAAAUCCUUCAAGCAGUCGUCCCACCUGGUGCAGCACAUGCUGGUGCACACCGGCGAGCGGCCGUACGAGUGCUCCACCUGCGGCCGCACCUACAACCACAUCUCCAGCCUCAUCCGCCACCGGCGCUGCCACAAGGAGCCGCCCGAGGCCGGCCCGGCGGCCACCGCUGCCGCCGCCCCCCUGCCGCCGCCAGCCCCGGCCGGGGGCACCGAGCCGGCUGGGGAAGGCAGCCCCGGCCCGGCCCAGCCCGACGGCCCCUUCACCUGCUCCCUGUGCUGGAAGGUCUUCAAGAAGCCGAGCCACCUGCACCAGCACCAGAUCAUCCACACCGGCGAGCGGCCCUUCAGCUGCUCCGUCUGCGAGAAGAGCUUCAACCGGCGCGAGAGCCUGAAGCGCCACAUCAAGACCCACUCGGCCCUGCUGCGGCUGCCCUGCGGCGUCUGCGGCAAGGAGUUCCGGGAUGCCGCCUACCUGCUCAAGCACCAGGCCUCCCACGCCGGCCCACGCCCCGACUACAAGUGCGACGUCUGCGGCAAGGCCUACGCCGCGCCCCAGAGCCUGCUGCGCCAUCGCCAGCUCCACGAAGGGGCCGCCGCCCCCCCCAAGGACGCCCCGGCUGCCGACUCGGCCCCGGCUGCCUACCAGGGGCCCUUCCUGCUCCCCAAUGAGGCCCCCCACGCCGAGGGGGAGGCCAAGGCAGCUUUCGGCAACGCGGCGCUGCUGGGGCCCCACCCGCUGCUGCUGGGGGCCGGCAAGAGCUUCUGCUGCGGCAUCUGCGGGCGCGGCUUCGGCCGGCGGGAGACGCUGAAGCGGCACGAGCGGAUCCACACGGGCGAGAAGCCGCACCAGUGCUCGGUGUGCGGCAAGCGCUUCCGGGAGUCCUUCCACCUCACCAAGCACCACGUGGUGCACACCCGGGAGCGGCCCUACAAGUGCGAGCUGUGCGGCAAGGUCUUCGGCUACCCGCAGAGCCUCACCCGCCACAAGCAGAUCCACCGGCUGCAGCUGCCCUGCGCCCUGGGGCCUGCCGGCGCCCUGCCCGCCGAGGGGCUGAGUUACGGCUGCUCCGACUGCGGCGAGCGCUUCCCCGACCUCUUCCACGUCAUGAGCCACAAGGAGGCCCACAUGGCCGACAAGCCGUACGCCUGCGACGCCUGCGGCAAAUGCUUUGGCUUCAUCGAGAACCUCAUGUGGCACAAGCUGGUGCACCAGACGGCCCCCGAGCGGCUGCUGCCCGAGGGGGCCUGCGCCGAGGCCGCCCCGCCCCCCGGGCCCGCCGGCUGCCUGGAGAACGGGCUCCCCGGGGAGGCGCAGGCCGGCGCCAGCCUGGCCUCCCUGGUGGCCCCGUCCGAGGAGCACCCCAUGAUCCCCAGCGGGGAGCGUUUCACCUGCGGCAUCUGCGGGCAGAGCUUCAAGCACUUCCUGGCGCUGGUGACCCACAAGUACGUGCACCUGGUGCGGCGCACGCUGGGCUGCGCCGUGUGCGGGCGCAGCUUCGCCGGCGCCUACGACCUGCUGCUGCACCGCCGCACCCACCUGCAGAAGCGCCACUUCAGCUGCUCCGUCUGCGGCAAGCGCUUCUGGGAGGCGGCCCUGCUGAUGCGCCACCAGCGCUGCCACACCGAGGAGCGGCCCUACCGCUGCGCCGUCUGCGGGCGCGGCUUCCUGCGCUCCUGGUACCUGCGCCAGCACAAGGUGGUGCACACGGGCGAGCGGGCCUACAAGUGCGCCCUGUGCAACAAGCGCUUCGCCCAGUCCUCCAGCCUGGCCGAGCACCAGCGCCUCCACGUGGUGGCCCGGCCCCAGCGCUGCCAGACCUGCGGCAAGACCUUCCGCUACCGCUCCAACCUGCUGGAGCACCAGCGCGUGCACCUGGGGGAGAAGGUGUACCGCUGCGACCUCUGCAGCAAGAGCUUCUUCUACCUCUCGUCCAUCCUGCGGCACCAGCGGGCCCACAACGCCCGCCGCGACCUGCGCUGCUCCGCCUGCCUCAAGCUCUUCAAGGACCCCAAGUACUUCAGCAAGCACGUGCAGACCCACCAGGGCGGGCACCCCUUCAAGUGCAGCACCUGCGGCGAGGCCUUCGCCAACACCUACGGCCUGAAGAAACACCGGCACCUCCACAAGCUGGAGCGCCUGGCCGCCCUGGGCCACAAGGACCCCUGAGGGGGAGAGA